GCAAGCAAACGGAAGGAGGAAGGAGGCCUUCCCUUCCCGCAGCUUCCGCCGUUGAGUGAGCGCUUGCGCCUUUUAGUGAAUGUGGAUACCGGCGAGGGGGAAAAUGGCGGUUGAAGGGCCGGAGCAGAUGGAGUUGGAUGAAGGCAAAGGUGGGACUGGGCUGCGCCAGUAUUACCUCUCCAAGAUUGAAGAGCUACAGUUGAUAGUCAACGAUAAGAGCCAGAAUCUCAGACGGCUGCAGGCACAGCGGAAUGAACUCAAUGCCAAGGUGCGCCUGCUUCGCGAGGAGUUGCAACUUCUGCAGGAACAAGGUUCCUACGUGGGUGAAGUGGUGAGGGCUAUGGACAAAAAGAAAGUGCUUGUCAAGGUUCAUCCUGAAGGCAAGUUUGUUGUUGACGUGGAUAAAAACAUAGACAUCAACGAUGUAACCCCGAACUGCCGUGUUGCCUUGCGGAAUGACAGCUACACACUCCACAAGAUCUUGCCAAACAAGGUGGACCCCCUGGUCUCAUUGAUGAUGGUGGAGAAAGUGCCAGACUCCACUUAUGAGAUGAUUGGCGGCCUUGACAAGCAGAUCAAAGAGAUCAAGGAAGUGAUUGAGCUGCCCGUCAAGCAUCCAGAGCUUUUUGAAGCUUUGGGUAUUGCUCAGCCCAAGGGUGUGCUGCUGUAUGGACCUCCUGGGACUGGGAAAACUUUGCUGGCCCGAGCAGUGGCUCAUCACACUGAUUGCACGUUCAUCCGUGUCUCUGGCUCUGAGCUUGUGCAGAAGUUCAUUGGGGAAGGUGCACGGAUGGUGCGUGAGCUCUUUGUCAUGGCCCGGGAGCACGCUCCCUCCAUUAUCUUCAUGGAUGAGAUUGAUUCCAUUGGCUCCUCCCGUCUGGAGGGUGGCUCUGGUGGGGACAGCGAGGUUCAGCGCACCAUGUUAGAACUGCUCAACCAGCUUGAUGGUUUUGAGGCCACCAAGAACAUCAAGGUCAUCAUGGCGACCAACCGCAUAGACAUCUUGGAUUCAGCCCUGCUUCGUCCUGGGCGUAUCGACAGAAAGAUUGAAUUCCCUCCCCCAAAUGAAGAGGCUCGACUUGACAUCUUGAAGAUCCACUCUCGCAAGAUGAACCUGACACGGGGAAUUAAUUUGCGGAAAAUUGCGGAGCUGAUGCCAGGGGCUUCAGGGGCUGAGGUCAAGGGCGUGUGCACAGAAGCUGGAAUGUACGCGUUGAGGGAAAGGCGGGUACAUGUAACUCAAGAAGACUUCGAGAUGGCUGUAGCAAAGGUUAUGCAAAAAGACAGUGAGAAGAAUAUGUCUAUCAAGAAGCUGUGGAAAUAAGUUGCUGCCCCUACCCAAGCAAGUGAAUUCCGACCUCAUUCUCCACUGUAAUCUUUACACCCCAAUGUCCUUCCCCCCCUUAAUAAAACUUAAUAUUAACA